AUGGCGAGAAAGAACGAUUGCGAAAAAAAAAUCAAUGGUCUACAGGAUCAGCUCAUGGGACUUGAGGCAAGUCUGGCAGAAGCUCUGUCCACUAUCGAAGCUAUUGAGGCUAAUAUUGACAUGAUGGGAAAAAAGAACCUAGACGAAGCUAUCAUGUGGUACAAUAAAUUUCUCGGUUUUGAAGUUUUUGCAGGAGAAGGGGUUAGAUUUGUCUUCAAUAAAGUUGGCAUGCAAAGAAGGCGGGCCUGUAGCCUGCUGGUCCUGCACUUCAUUGAAGUUCUCAUUUUCUUUGUAACAGUAAUUCAGUGUAUUCCAUUGCUUGAAGACACUGAAGAAUUGUUGAAGGACCGCACUAAUGAUCUCUUCAAGUUUGUUAGAAACACGAGAGCAAGAUUCCAGCUGCUACCAUUAAAGAAAUGA